AUGUCAAAUUUUGUGCUUCAUCAACAGCAAGAAGAUACAGCUCGACAAAGUGACUGCCUUGAAGAAAUUCAGCCACCUAAGUUGUUUGGGAUAAUAAAAAAGCCAGAAGACCCUUCGAUUAAGUCAUUAUUUACAUGGCAAGACGAAUCUCCAAAAGCGCGGCCUAAAGGUGAGUAUUGUUAUCUGACUGAAAUGAGGGAUUCAUAUAGAGGGUUCUAUUUUAAGCCUGAAGAACAAAAAAUGUAUCGAGGAAGCCCAUGUCACCAAAGUCCUCGUCCUAAUGAAAACUUAAAUAAUGAAUCCUUAGAUCAAGAACUCCAAAUAGAAGCUUCAAUAGAGCCUCAAGAACAGCUGCCAAAGCCUCAAAAGCGUGAGCCAAUAAAAGCAAAUAUUAAGCCUUUAGACCGUAAUGCAAGAUCAAGAUCUUCAAUUGACAUUUUAAAGCCUCAUCGAAAUCCAUCUUCAGGAGGAAUAAGGACUCAAAGAUUAUCUAAAGGCUCCAAAAGGCCAUCUUCAGCUAAACCAAUUGAUAAUGAAGCGAUGCGUAAAGAGCGCCAAGACGCCAGAAUAAAAAAACUCAAUCAAACCACAAGGUGGCUGCCUAAUUCUGCGUUUACUACUUAUUUUGGGAAACCCGCUUUUGAAAACUAUGGACAAGGAAAUAUAAAUCCGACGUAUGGAGGGUUAAUGUAUGGGAAUUAUAUGAAAAGCCACAAUAUAGCACCUCAUGAAGGCCAAAAUAACCCACAAUAUUCGCAGGUUUAUUUUACAGCUGAAAAAACGGCAUCUAGAAAAAAGCCAAGAUCUCCAGAGCCGCCGAGAAAAUGUAAAGACGAGGAUAGACUUGCCCCGCAGCAGAUCGAGGAAAUGAAACAAAGAAAUAAAGUUUUGGCUGAAGAUAGGGUGAUGCCUUCUAGAGAAAUUGUGAAGCCGGAUUUAUAUAAAGUUAAAACUUUUAAGAGUGAACAUAAUACUCCAAAUGUAUCAGUUAGGAUUGAAAAGGAGAAAAAAGAUGCAAAAAAGAUAGAACACACAAGUAUUUUAUAUAUAAAAAAUAUUUUUCAUAAAUAUUUCAUAUGAUAAAUCUCUUUUGGCAUAUAGAAAUAUAAGAAUUAUAAAUAUAUAAUCCCUUUAAUAUAUUAAAAAAAUCUAGAAAAAUGUCACCUCCUUGAUACAAACUCCUAUAUCAGUAGAAAAUAAGCAAAUUGAAAAAAAAUCUGAAACCUCGAAACUUCAAGCUGCUGAAGCAAAAACAAAAGAAAACAGCUUAGAAAAUGGAGAAUCAAAAGAAAAAGAAAGCAUUGAGAAAGAAGAGCAAGAAAAUAAUGAAAAUAUGAUUGAUAAAGAAAGCUUGGCAGGAUCAUCUUGUGAAGAAUGUGUUAGAUUAAACCCAAAUAAAAGAAAAUUAGUCACAACUUAUCAAGAUAUGACGUCAAGGCUACCUUUUGCACCUAAACAAGUUGUAGAGGAGCCUUUUAAGUAUUGUGCGAAAUGCCUUGAAGCUUUAUACCCAAGCAAGGUUGAAGAUGUGAAGCCUGAAAAUUUAUUGAAGCCACCUCAUAGCCUGGGCGAAAUUCCUUUCCAAGAGCUUAAUCCGAAAAAUUAUAAGACUUUACCUCCUCAGUGGACUCAAAGAAUCCCAGCAGCUGGAAAACUCAGUUAUAAGUCUCCUACUGCUUAUGAGGUUAUUUUUCAAGGGAAUGAGUAA